AUGCUCUGCUCCACCGCGUGCAUGGUUCUCGCGCAAGGCGCAGUCGGGGGCUUGUCGUCCGAUCUGACCAACAUGUCCUCCAACCGAGCCGUCAUAUUCUUCUAUUUCUUCGCCCAGUUCACGCUCCCCAUUGGUAUGUUCAUCAUCCUGUUCAUGUACGGCGCUGAGAUCGCGCCGCUGGGUAUCCGACACAAGGUGACUGCGAUGGGAGCGGCAGCCAGCUGGCUGUUCAACUUUAUGGUGGCCAAAGUGACGCCGAUCGCGUUUUCCAAUAUUGGAUGGAGAUACACAUCGUCUACUCGGCAACUAGUGCAGCGGGCGGCAUCGUGA